AUGGAUAUCAGACGGUGUCGCCGAUGCAAAAGAAGACGGCUUGAUGAUGAGCCCCCCGAGGUCAGACAGUACAAAACUUGUGCCAAAUGUCGAAUUAUCGAGAGACAGAAAAAAAAAUCGCGAAAGCCGUUGGAGGAGGAAACGAUGAUAUAUGGCAUGCGUCAGUUUCGCGAGGAAGGCGCUGAAUUUCCCACCGACAGUAUACUUAUGGAGGAUGACGAUUUCUUCCGUGGGCCUCGUGACUCCAACGCUCGCGCCGACCCGCUGAGACAGCAGCUUCGGUUCCAGUACCAGUACGAGCUGCUGCCGCAGCCCCAGAAUAGUGCGGUUCCGCGGCUGCUGACGGUGCUGCUGAUGGACGCUGCCAACGCCGUGGCGGUAGCUAGUAUGGCGGUGGCUUCCGCUGCGCGCACUCCGCCAGGGCCCGGUGCGGUCGCGGGGCCUCCCUACGGAAUGACGCCUCUCCAGCGCCAGCAGCAGCAGCAGCAGUUGCAGCAACUGGGCGCGGUGCCAGGAACUUUAGCGGGCCAGGCCGUGAAUGCGGCUCCGGUACCGUGUGAAAUUUGUGGACGUAUUCUCGAUGCUAACGACGAGCUUCUGAUGAACUACAGACUCUGUAGUGACUGUUUUGCUGACCCGUACCGUGGGAACGUUUAUGGGCUGUACAACGAAUACUUACUUGCCGUGUCCAAGUCGCAGCACAAGGAUGUGAAAAAUUUGGUAUUUGUCAAAGAACUCGGAAACUUUUCCGAUAACCUCGUGAGCCGGCCCAUGAACGAACGCCAGUUCCGUGAGUUCAUCAUCGAAAAAAUUAAAGUGAUCUACUUGGAUCCCGUCAUCGCCUCCAUCGGCUACAAGUUCAACUUGGUGCUGGCUAACACCGCCGACACCCACGCCAAAAAACCCAUUCGCGCCGUCUACAAAUGCUACAAAGAACAAGACCAAAGUUUUGUGUCCAGUGUCCAUGUCACCUACGAUUUGGUCACCAGCAUUCUCGUGGUCAAGUUCUCCCACAGGGUAUACAAUGCUUCCAAAUACCCACCCGCUGUUGUGUCGGCGGUUCACUCUGCUGUGGACCGGUUGCGGUCGGUUCGCGGACCUAACGUCGCCUACGACUCGGAAACUGCCUUGCUUGUGUACGACGAGCUUGUGCAAUCUGAGGGCGAAGUACGUGAUUGGUUGGUGUCCCAUGGCCGUACCGACUUUGCUUCUGGGUUCUCGAAGUUUGCAACCGUGGGAACGGCUGCAGAAACCACACCCGCCAAGGUGAACGGAGAAAAGCCACAGGAGGAAGAAGAUGCCGAAGAAGAGGAGGACGCCGAAGAAGAAGAGGAAGAAGAGGAAGAAGAGGAAGAGGAAGAAGAACCAGAAGACGCCGAUGUGGCCGAAGACGAUUCAGAUCAAGCUGAUGCGGAGGAUGCCACGCCCGAAGCGACCCGCAAACCGGCCCCGCGGCAGCCGCACUCGGUGGAUCCAGUAUUUGCCGACUAA